UUAAAAAACGCUAUCUUGUUCGUAAAUGAAUUCAAGGCAGCACUUUGUGCCAAAUUGAAUGGCUGCAAAGUGCUUCGCUGAAAGACGAUUUCACGAGUUACCUUCUGGGAAACCCCCAUCAUAGAGAGCGUACGAAUGUAACGCUUCAGUGAGCUAGAAGGCGGAACAGUUGUUGAUUUUACGCGAUGCUAGUCGAGCGUUACCGGUAAGUGUUAUAACAGAAACCCGUUGUCGAUUCAUAAGCCUAUAGCAUUUUCAUAUUAUGGAGGUUGAUAACGUUGAAAGCUUAAACAACAAAGUUCUGGUCGAGGAAAUACCAGCUUGUAUAAGCAGAGAAAAGCUUAUGAUUUACUUCCAAAGGCAGGGAGAUGUGCAGUCAGUUGUAUUCCCGUUGUCGAAGAAGCAGAGCAGUACAGCCGUUAUUAAGUUCCAUAAACCUGCAGAUGUGGCGAAAGUAUUAAAAACGUCACACAAUAUUUCACGGAAAUUGAAUAGUAAAGAAGCCAAGCCGAUCAAAGUUUCCGAAUUCAAACCAGAGAUUUUCGUCAAUGUCACGACGCAGGUAGACAAAAAGAUAUUAGCAAAUUUGCGCCCAGAAUUUGAUCAUGGCGAGGUUAUCGAGGAAACUGGACUUGGUUGGGGAGAGGAGACCGGUCUUUACAAAUUUAUUGGUGAAUUAUACCAAAUAAGAAAACUGUAUGAAAUUUUGAAUGACUUGACCACCGCUUCUGACGACCGCAGCACACACAAGAUGGAAUUUUCCGAUGAAAAAACAUCAGGAGCAGAAAAUGAACGGGAAAACGUGGGACGCCAAAACAAAGUUCAGUUGGAUAAAGACAUUUUCAAGUAUAUGAAAAACAAUAACACUGGAGAUAUAUGGGAAAUUAUGAAUUAUUAUGGUGUUCAUACUACAGAAAUAGACGGCGCUAUAAUGCUUGAAUUUCGGCCAGAUCGCGCAGAGGAAGGAAUACGUAAAGUACAAGAUUUAUAUAUAAAAACACAGGAUUCAUUAGCCCAAACGGAAUAUGAAUUACCUUCGAGUGUUUCAAUUCGAAAAGCAAAGAAAUGCAUCGAUAUUGUGGAAACGGAGCAACAAGAUGUGAUUGUCUGUUUAUCAGCUGACGAAAAUACGGUUUCAUUUAUUGGAGGUUAUAUGUUGCCUUGUGUUCAAGCUAUGAACACUUUUAAAUCUUUAAUCGGAGACGAAUCACAGCCGUCGUUUGAUGAUGCAAGCCGUUCAGUUGUUCGAUCUCAGCCUAUUCGCGAGUUCGAAAAACUUUUCGAGUUCACUUACCCUGGUACUGGUGGGCUUACAAUAAGGGUUGUGCAAGGCGAUAUUGCCAAACAAAGCACAGAUGCAAUCGUAAAUGCUGCCAACAAAUAUUUGGAUGACGGAGCUGGUGUUACAGGAGCAAUUUUUAGGGCUGGAGGUUAUGAGUUUAACAUCGGCUGUCAGAGUUUAAUGGAAAGUAGGAAUAGUAAAAAACUCAAAAUUGGAGAAGUUGUCCAUACAGAUGCAUGCGGAAGAUUGAGAUGCAAACAUGUGCUUCACGUCGUCGGACCAAAAUGGCAUAAGUUACCACGAAACGAUAGGAUCAGAACAUGCAAAAAUUAUAUGGAAGGUUUAUGUUGGAAAUUAAUCACUUAUGCGAAUAAUAAGACAACAUCAAAUUCCAUCGCAAUUCCAGCAAUUAGUACAGGUAUAUACGGUGUUCCGAUGGGCUAUUUUUGUGAAGCGAUGUUGGAGAGCGUCAAUGAUUUUAACAAAUCAUUGGAAAAAGGGGAAUAUGGAGCAAUAUUGCGUGAAGUACGAUUGGUCGGAUACAGCCAAUCUGAAGCCAAUGAAAUUGCUGAUUAUUUCAAGAGAAAUCUUCGCACACUACAAGAAUCUGAAGUUUGAAAUAGCACAUGAAUCAGAACGUUUUGUUUCAAAUGUUAACUAUUUUACAAACGUCGUUAUUGGAUUUCCUCGAAAUUGCUAUUACCGUACAUGUGCAAAUGCUAUAUAUCCUAAGCUUAUAUCACUGUAAGUGAUUAUUUUGUAGUAUAUAUAUAUAUACUUCUUAAUUUUUAUAAUCUCCAUAGCAUACAAUGUACAUUUUCUAUUAUGUGCUUUUCGUUUUUUCUUCAAAUCGGGUAAAUCUGUUUUAACAAUAAUGCUUUUAUAUUUAAUUAGUCAAUAAGUGGAAAAGCAUAUGGUAAAACAAUGAUAUCUCCAAAUCAACUUACUCAAACUCAGCGGACGUUACUAUUGCAUUUUAGAAAUUUGAUCUGUAUAUGCCAAGCUGACCGAGCGCUCUAUUGCUCAUAAUCCUGUGAUCGUUAUCUCGAAAUGUGCUCUGUUGAAGAUAAUGAAAGUAUUUAUAUCACUAUCGUUAAAACUUGGUCAUCGUGAUAUUUUUCUAAAAUGUUUUAGUACGGACUGUGGUAUCGAACUCAACGAAAGUAAGUUUGUUAAAGAUUUAGGCUUCAGUCACCGUAACCAUCGCCUCACCAUGGGUAUAACUUCCGACACAUCGAGACAGUGGAUCACUUCAUAUGAGUGGAUUUUUGGAUGGAUACUAUUACUUGAUACUAGCUUCGAAUAUUCAGAAGUUAGAAAUUUCAAAACUUUUCCUCAACUGUCCUUGGGCGUCCUUAGCCCAGGAACCUGGAUUAUGACUUGACCAACUUUUAUUACUAGUAUCCCAAACUUUGUUUUUUACACAGCGCGGCUUCGCUGCAGCGCGCGGUGACAGAUCGAUCGCUUUCUAAAAAGACUUUUGAACACGAAAAAGACCUAUGGAUCGUUUUUCUUAAAUAUUAUUGUUACAAAAUAAAUCCAUUCUCUAGUCUAGAAGCAUAUUACUUUUGUAUUUUGACGAUUUUUUGGCUCGCUUGGGCCGUGUUUCACAUAUAUAUGAUUUUAAAUAAUCUAAUUGUUGAUUAUGAAUGUGAUCGUAGAUUCCACUGUUCAAUUUUGACAACGUAAUAAAUGCUUUCCGCCGUAUCGGCAAUACUAA